CGGAUGAAGCUGGGCUCGCAGGGGCUGGAGGUCUCCGCGCAGGGCCUCGGCUGCAUGGGCAUGUCCGCCAACUACGGCCCGGCCAAGCCGGACGAGGACAUGGUCGCGCUCCUCAGCCACGCCGUCGCCGCCGGCGUCACUCUCCUCGACACCUCCGACGCCUACGACCCCUUCACCAACGAGCUCCUUCUCGGCAAGGUGCUUCAGGGAGGGUUGUUGGCGACCGGUGGGGCGGGAGUGCAGGUGGCCACCAAGUUCGGGGUCAAGUUCGCUGAUACUUCGAGAGAGAUUAGAGGUUGUCCGUUUUCUAUUCGCCCCGCGUGCGAGGCCAGCCUUCGGCGCCUUGGAGUCGACUGCAUCGAUCUCUACUACCAGCACCGCAUCGACACCCGUCUGCCCAUCGAGAUCACGAUGGGCGAGCUGAAGAAGCUGGUGGAGGAGGGGAAGAUAAAGUACGUCGGCCUGUCGAAGGCCUCCGCUUCCACCAUUAGAAGAGCCCACGCCGUCCAUCCCAUCACCGCCGUGCAGCUCGAGUGGUCGCUCUGGACCAGAGACUCUGAAGAGGAGAUUAUCCCUACCUGCAGGGAGCUUGGCAUCGGCAUAGUUGCAUACAGCCCCCUUGGCAGGGGAUUCUUCGGCUCAGGAGCAAAGUCGGCAGAUAAUCUCUCCGACCGCGAUAUCCGCAAGAAUCUGCCCCGGUUCCAGGCCGAGAACCUGAAGCAAAACCAGCGGAUCUUCGAGAGGGUGGACGAGAUGGCGACGAGGAAAGGGUGCACGCCGUCGCAGCUCGCCCUCGCCCGGGUUCACCACCAGGGACCAGAUGUUUGCCCGAUCCCGGGGACUACCAAGAUGGGCAACUUCGACAGCAACCUCGCGGCGCUCGCCCUCAGGCUUACGCUGGAGGAGAUGGCCGAGCUAGAAUCGUACGCCGCCGCGGACGCUGUGAAAGGGUCCGGGACCUACAAUGCGGCCAACACGUGGAUGAGCUCGGAUACCCCUCCGCUCGAGUCGUUCAAGGGAGAGUUGGCUGACUGA